AUGUCAGAAAGCACCGUCAGAAAUGAGGACGGUCCCCCAUUGGAAGAUGUGGAUUCCUCGAAGAACAGCCGACAACCACCGCCACUUCCAGCGACGAAUCCUGUAGUGAAAGCAGAAGAAGUUCCUGUCGGCGACCUCAUUCAAUUCGAAAGCGAAGAAGAGCGAGCAGCAACUAUUCCAGACGGUUCCAUGCCGUCUGGAACGGCUUCGGCUGUCCCAGCCACUGCACCAACAGAGGAGACGCCAUCGAUGGAAUCGGCUCUUCGCGCUUUUCUGAAAGAGGAGGAGACGUUGAUUCAUGGCGAUUUUCAGAAACGAUUCUACCAAGUUCGCCUUGAACAAGACAAGUGGAGAAUGGAGCCGGAUUACAAGACAGAUUGUGCUCUCGCUCCACAGCAUUACGCCAGAAAUAGAUAUAGAGACAUUUUACCGUAUGAUCACAAUAGAGUGAAACUGUCUGAAGAUGACGAUAAUUACGAUGGUUACAUGAACGCUUCAAUCAUCCAACUCCCAGGUAGCACGACCACCUUCAUCGCUGCCCAAGCGCCACUCCCAGCGACUCUCGACGAGUGGUGGAAAAUGAUUGACGAGAAUAAUGUCCAAUUAAUUGUUAUCCUUUGUAAAUUAGUGGAAUUGAAUAAGGUGAAAUGUGAAAGAUAUUGGCCGGAAAAGGUCGGCGAACCCGAGAUGUUUGGAGAGUACGAUUUGACGAUUGAAGAGGAGAAACACUUUGAUGACGAUGAGUACUUGUUGAGAGUGUUGAAAAUGGAGAAUACGACGACCGGGACGACACGGACGGUGCAUCAGUUACACUAUAGAGAGUGGCCAGAUCAUGGAUGUCCGUCUGGGGAGAAACAGUUGUUGAACAUGAUUGAUAGGAUGGAGACGUUGCAUUCUGAGAAUCCAGGGUCCCCGAUUCUGGUGCAUUGUAGUGCGGGUGUUGGGAGAACUGGAACGAUCAUUGCGAUCAAUCAUAUUCGAGAGCAGAUGAAGGCGGAGACACUCACGAAUAUUGAUAUUUUCGGAUUGGUCAUCGCUUUGAGGAAGCAGCGGUCGAGUAUGGUUCAGACUCAAGAUCAAUACCAAUUCGUGCACCGCUGCAUCGCCGCCUACUGUCGUCGCUAUCUGGGGAUCCCUGAGCCGCGACUCGAAGAUCUUCCAGCUACACAACAACUUCCCGUUGGCUCCAGUGGAAAUGUUCGAUUGAUCGCCCCGCCCACACCGACAACGUCGAAUGAUCAGCAGACGAUUCAGAGCAUUGCAAACUAUCAACCGGAUCCAAUGACAGCGUCUAGAAUCGAAGAAGACGAGAACCCAGAACAACAAGCCACCAGUGUGCCGGAUUUUCCGGAAGAGCCGCCUGCCCCAAUGGGGCCGGAGGAUCUUGGCAACAGUGCGGCGUUCUGA